AACUGUCAUGGAACAUGGGCAUGGAAGCUCUUCUCCAGAACCACACUAACUUCGUCCUCAUAGGCCUCAUCACCCACCCUGCCUUCCCGGGGCUUGUCUUUGCAAUAGUCUUCUCCAUCUUUGUGGUGGCUAUAACAGCCAAUGUGGUCAUGAUUCUGCUCAUCCAUGUGGACUCUCGCCUCCACACGCCCAUGUACUUCUUGCUCAGCCAGCUGUCCAUCAUGGAUACCAUCUACGUCUGUGUUACCAUCCCCAAGAUGCUCCAGGACCUCCUGUCCAAGGACAAGACCAUUUCCUUCCUGGGCUGUGCAUUCCAGAUCUUCCUCUACCUGACUCUGAUGGGAGGGGAGUUCUUCCUGCUGGGUCUCAUGGCCUAUGACCGGUACGUGGCUGUGUGCAACCCCUUACGGUACCCUCUCCUCAUGAACCGCAGGAUUUGCUUGUUCAUGGUAGUCGGCUCCUGGGUGGGUGGUUCCUUGGAUGGGUUCUUGCUGACUCCUGUCACUAUGAAUUUCCCCUACUGUGGAUCCCGAGAGAUCAAUCACUUUUUCUGUGAGAUUCCAGCUGUGCUGAAGCUGUCCUGCAUAGACACGUCGCUCUAUGAGACCCUGAUGUACGCCUGCUGCGUGCUGAUGCUGCUCAUCCCUCUGUCCAUCAUCUCUGUCUCCUACACCCACAUCCUCCUCACUGUCCACCGCAUGAGCUCUGCUGAGGGCCGGCGCAAAGGCUUUGCUACGUGUUCCUCUCACAUGAUGGUGGUGAGCAUCUUCUACGGGGCAGCCUUCUACACCAACGUGCUGCCCCACUCCUACCACACUCCAGCGACGGACAAAGUUGUGUCCGCCUUCUACACCGUCCUCACCCCCAUGCUCAACCCACUCAUCUACAGCUUGAGGAAUAAAGAUGUGGCCGCCGCGCUGAAGAGAGUACUAGGGAGAUGGGGCCCCUCCCAGAGAAUCCAAGUGGCGAGUACGAUCAGGAAGAACUAGUGGGGGGCUGAGUACAAGCAUGUGGCCACACACAGCUAUUCCAGAAAAUAUGGUAUUGGUUCUGAAGACUUUUCAGUGUCAUUUUUAGCAAUUCAAAUAUAUAAACAGGCAAUAUCCUUGUGCAAGGAUUAUCUAGGAACAAUAGCAAGGUUGGCGAGAAUCUCUGCAUUAGCCAAUUUGUUCUACUGGAUUCACCAAGAAACAUUUUCAGAGGGCAUUCUCAGUCAAGUAGCCCUAUAAACUGUUCAUGGCAAGCCAAGCAGCCCUUUGAAGUGCCCUGAACUUCAAAGUGUUAUGUGUUACAUGUGGUCAUCCAUCCUUCGUGUCUGUAUUGCUGGCCAACUUUUGGGUGGAAAUUGCAAGGAGCAUUUGCCACCUCCUUGAUGAUUUAAUUUAAAACAUUCAAUAUGAGUAAAAUAUUUUCCAGUGCUAAUUUUAUUUAGAAAACUUUUAUGAAGGUGAUACUAUCGUAUUUUUGGUUCUGUAUUCUUAAUUACAUUUUAUCAAUGUUUUUAUUUUAUCUCUUACCUCUGAAAUUAUAUUAAAUACUUGCCAUGCCUUUAUUCACAUGGAGUCCAAUAUAUUCCUGGAAAUUAAUAAAUAUUGAUUGAUUGAUUGAUUGAAAAUUGACUAUGCCAUUAAGAUUAUUACAUGGCCUUACCCACAAAACUGCCAUUUACACUUGAAUAAAGUAGUAAUAAACAUAGAAUGAAUAAACCAAGACGUGUCUUUAGCUAACUUAGUUCCCUUGGAAUAAGUUGAUCAGUUUUCUUAUUCUCGACACCUCCACUGAUAUGCUAAAGAAAAGUAUUUCUUUUGUAAUUAGUUGGAGUUAAGUGUGGUGCUUUGAUAGAUGUGCAACUUUGGUGGAAUUCUAACUAAGCAAAGGCAACACUGACUUUUCCACCAUCCGUUUAUUUAACUUUAGCUUCUCUUGUGUGUAAGGUCCUGAUAUAUGAGAAAUAAAAAAUAAAUAUUGAUGGA